AUGGAGAUCAUCUCGAAAGAAAUCAUCAAGCCUUCAUCUCCAACCCCUCAUCACCUCCGAACUUUCAAACUCUCAUUACUGGACCAACUCACCUUACAUACCUACGCUCCCAUAAUUCUCUUAUACGAAUCCAGAAUCAUCACCUCCACCUCCAUUGAUGUCUUCAAGAAAUCUUUAGCCGAAACCCUAACUAAAUACUACCCUUUUGCAGGAAGACUCAGAGACGAUGGCAUCACCGUCGAUUGCAACGAUGAAGGCGUCGUUCUCGUCCAAGCAAAACUCGUUGAUCAUAAACUCUCUGAUUUCCUUCAAAAUCCAAGCUAUGAAACCCAAAGACUACUGUUUCCUGAAGGUUUCUUGUGGAAGGGGUCAUGCAUAGGUUACGCCUUUCUUGCAGCUCAAGUAACGUAUUUCAGUGGUGGAGGAAUGGCGGUGACGGUAUCCUUGUCUCACAAGGUGGCGGACGCACCCUCGCUCGGGAUUUUCCUUAGCGAUUGGGCGGCUGUGGCCCGUGGCGAAGUGAGACCGCCUCCGUUGAUUCUUGCUACAUCCAUCCCUUCGCUGGAUCUUGCGUACACGAUGCCGGAGAUCGUAAUUGAGAUGAGUGAAGCUUGUGUCACGAAACGGUUUGUAUUUGAUGCAGGGAUGAUUUCGAGAUUGAGACUAUCGGUGAUUGGGUUCGUUGAAAACCCGACGAAAAUCGGGCUUGUGACUGCUUUGCUUUACAGAUGUGCGAUUGCUGCUUCAACGGCGAAAACAGGUGGUUUUAGAAACUCGACUUUGAUUCAGCUAGUGAACAUGCGGCAACGACUUGCGGCUCCAUUGCCGGAAAAUUCCGUCGGGAACUUCACUUGGUACUUCACUACGUCAAACCAUCGUGAGAGCGAAACCAGUUUGGGAAAUUUGGUGGUUCAGUUGAAGAAAGGGAUCAAAGAAUUACUGGAUAAUCGGGAUAAUCUUCGUUUGGAAAAUUGGUUGACUAGUGUUCGGGAAUCUGCAUAUAAUGUUAAAGAGUUAUUCGACAAUAUUGAUGUUUACCGUUGCAGCCACGUCCGUGGAGGAUCGUUUUACCAGAUGGAUUUCGGGUGGGGAAACCCAAAGUGGGCCACGAUUGCGGACGUGUUGGUGAAGAACGCAUUCGUCCUGUAUGAUACACCAGACGGAGAUGGUGUUGAAGCAGUGGUGAGUCUUGAAGAAGAACACAUGAGAUUAUUCCAAAGUAAUGAAGAGCUCGCUCAUUUUGCAUCGUUCACCCGCUCCCGAAUUUGAUAUCAGAAACAAUA